AUGGAUAAUGACAAGCUUUUCUCUUCCUGUCUUCCAGCUCUUGAUCCUUGCUCUGCCUACAUUAGUCUGAAUGAACCUUGGAGGAACACAGAUUUCCAGGUCAACGAUUCUACCGACCAGCCUGAAUGUGACAGUCAUGUGGACGGGGAAUGGUAUCGCUUUACGGGGAUGGCCGGAGAUGCCAUGCCUACCUUCUGCAUUCCCGAGAACCACUGUGGCACCCAUGCCCCAAUCUGGCUAAACGGCAGCCAUCCUCAAGAAUCAGAGGGCAUUGUCCAAAGGCAGACCUGUGCAACUUUCAAUGAAAACUGCUGCUUCUGGAAUUCGACGGUUGAAAUCAAGGCAUGUCCCGGAGGCUAUUACGUCUACCACUUAGCCAAGCCCAGUGUCUGCUACCAUGCUUACUGUGGACAUUUCUAUGACAUUUGCGAUGUGGUGGAUUGUCGAGGUUCCUGUCUGGACACUGGAGAUUGCGUUUGUUCCUUGGGGACAAUUAUGGGGCCAGAUGGACAGACUUGUCUUGAAAUUGAAGGGUGUCACAACAGCAAUGGAGGCUGCAGCCAUAGAUGCAACAUGCUGGAAACCAGUUAUCUGUGUGAAUGCCCUCGAGGUCUUGUUUUGUCAGAGGAUAACCACACCUGCCAAGUUCCGGUGAUAUGUAAAUCUACAUCUAUAGAAGUGAAUAUUCCCAAGGAUCUCGUUGGGGGAAUGGACCUCUCGCUUACCAAUGGCUCCUGCAAAGGGGUAUCCAAUGGCACGCAUGUCAACCUCAUCUUCUCUCUCAAAACCUGUGGAACAUCUAUAGAA